ACUCACAUCAAAACUGUUCCUUUUAGUGAAAAUUUUAAACCUGCCUCUGUUAAAGUUUCUAUUUCUAAUUUUAAUCUUUUUAUAUUUUCGCCCUGUCACACAGCGUUCUCCUAAGCUUCUUCACCAUCUGAAACUUCAAUGGCGACCGAAGAGGUUAAUAAGCCUUCGUCACUCCCACCAUACCCUGAGAUGAUAAUGAAAGCAAUUGAAGCCCAAGGUGACAACAAUGGUGCAAACAAAUCGGUGAUAUCAAAGUAUAUUGAGUCCGCCUAUGGAGAGUUGCCACCAAGCCACUCAACCCUUCUGUCUAACCACCUUAACAAGAUGAAAGAGAGUGGUGAGAUAGUGUUUUGGAAGAAUAACUACAUGAAGAGUGACCCAAAUGCCCCACCAAGGAGAGGGCGUGGAAGGCCACCAAAGCCCAAAGAACCUCUUCCUCCGGGUACUAUUUUGUCCUCACCAAGGCCUAGGGGUCGCCCUCCAAAGGACCCUAAUGCUCCACCAAAGUCAUCAAGUGUCAAAGUGUCAAGUGGAAGGCCCAGAGGGAGGCCCAAGAAGAUUGCUAGGACUAUGGUGACAUCAACAACUGGCUCCACUGGAAGGCCUAGGGGUAGGCCUCCUAAGGUGAAGCCCCAAUUGACAGAAGUGAGUGUUGAACAAUAGAAAACUCCUUUGGUGACCAUAAAGUAGUGAUCUUGAACUUGAUCUAAUCUUCCUUUAUAGAAGUGGGUGUGGUCUUAGUUUUCUUUUUCUUCCUUUAGUGUCAAUGUAAUUGCUUUGUAAAAUUGUGUAGUGGAUUAGUUUAUGGGAAGGCUUUGCUGGUUUCUAAUUAUCAAUGAGGACAAUGACUAGAAUUGGCGGUGAAUUGUGUUCUCCUUGUGGUGCUCUAACUUAAGAAUUCCUAAUGUGGAAAAGGGUAUUGUCCCUUGUGGUUAUUCUUGUUCAUUUUUUAGCACAAUUGGAAAAAGGAUUAAUUUCU